AUGGAACCAAACACAUCUGAAAAGGACCCUCGCUCCAAAUUAGUCGACGAAAUUCUCAGCACCGGUAAGCGGGCGUUUAAUCCGUCAUCCGACGCUGCUUCUCGAACAGCCGCCCAAGAAGAAUUUCAAAAGCUCAUCGACGGGAAUGGCUCUUGGAACUUACUGCCUGUCUUGAACGCCUUGAUCAAGCCGAAAAUUGCGCCAGAAUGGCUACGACCAGAGCUCAUGAAGAUACUGACCCUGGUUCCUCUCCGACCUGACGGCGUGAGAGGAACCAUGGAGUUCAUCUUCUCAGUGCACCCGAGCAGCACCCUUAAAGCAUCCGAGGCAGCCACUCCUCAGAAAAGAGGCGCCAAUAUCACCCAGGAAGCCAUGGCUGUCGUCACUCGUAUUCUCACCUCCCCACCAGCAACUGUACCACCUGAAGAUUGGUUCUCAAAGGUUGCGCCCCAGUUGAUUGUGCUGCUGGACGGAAACGAAGGGGCAGAACUUAGUGUAGCAGCGGCACAGAUUAUCAUGUUUGGAGUACUGGGAACACCUGGGUGGAAUGUCUUUGUUGAGCCUCUGUUGCGCAACUUGGAUCCAUCUCGCAAAAGCAACAAUGUUGCGCUGCACAUCAAAACCGAAGAAACCGAGAUUGUUGAUUUGAGUGAAAAGGCCGUCCUGGUUACUGCCGACGAUCUCUUCAUCACAUUGCGCCGCAUGUCGUCGAUGAUUAACUCCACACCGUACCCAGCACAGACCAAAAGAAUGCUUGACCCGGUUCUCGCACAACUAUGGGCUAUAUCGUGUCAGAGCAAGGGCAACAAAAGAACCGAGGACCGAUAUUCGAAGCCAUCGAGAUCAUUGCUUCACACAUUCCUGAAACUAAGUGUUUCGGUGUCGAAGUUACAUGAGGUCGUCGAAAACCUGCUAUAUCAAGGAGAGUAUACCAAAACACCACAGUGGCGAUAUCAAUCGAAUUCUGACGGCGAUCUUCAAAUAUGUGCCAUUCGUCUGGGCCAGGGAUCACAAGCCCCAGAACUAGACUGGACUGAGAUCCAGACACGCUCCGAGGCUCUCAUACGUCUCUUGACGGCGAGUUGCACACCCGAAGAAACAUCGACCUUCUUUCUAGACCUCCUUGGCCGAUGGUUCCAAUCGACGGUCACAACUCAAAAGCCAGAAAUUCUCACCAAAGCGGAAGACAGCCAGGAUCAGGGUGAUAUCAAGCAACUUCUCGAGAUUACAAUCUUGCAGAAGAUGCUGGAACAAAUCCCAGACAAGCUGAUCAGCCGCGUAACGCAAGUUACUGAGCUGGUGGCUCAGAUCCUGGAUCCCAGCGGCCUCCAGGACCAGUCUGACGAUAUCGUCGCGGUUGCUUUAAGCUUGUUCAACUUAGUCAUCACAGCCCCAAGCUUUAAAAAGUCAAACCUGAAGACUGAAGUCCUACAAGCUCUUGAAACGUCCCUUGCUAAACUUGGCGCAGCGGAACGCCCUGAAGUUUCUCCUACAGCGAAGAACCUGACGCUCUUGCUAAGAUACCGUGAGGCUAUCGAUCCCGCAGAAGAGGGCGCUUUUGUGCCUACCGAUAAGCAAAUUGAGGACAGGCGAACGUACAAGCUUGCGCUGGAGUACAUUACUCAAGCAGAUAAUCCUCCGCCGAUCCGCUCCGAGGGAAUCAACUUGAUAUCGGGCCUAGUGGCCUCUGAUAGUUCUGUCUUGGACGUGCAAGCCACCCUCGUUCUCCUUUCGUCUCUACUUCAAGACAGCGAAGACUUUAUCAAUCUCCGGGUUGUGAAGCUUCUGACCCAACUGGCGAACAAACACCCCAAAGCAACUACACAGGAGAUCCUUGAGCAUUACCUGGACUCGAAGGAAAUCUCGUCAACGGAUGUCCGCUUACGCUUCGGAGAGGCCUUGGUUCAAGUGAUUGAGCGCCUCGGCGAGACUUUUGCCGGUGACGUUGCGAGGCGUGUGUCUGAAACAUUGCUGUCGAUUGCUGGAAGGCGAGGUCAUCGGCCAAAGACGGAGGCAAAGCAGUCCCGGGAGAAACGCCUGCAGGACAUGAAGAAGAAGCAGGCGGAGGAUGCGUGGGGAGGGGAUGUUCCAGAUCUCAGUGAUGAUCUGACCGAAGAAGAGCUGGCCAAGAACGAGAUACUGACUCAGAUUGUUGAGGGGUGGGAGAGCAAGAGAGGCAGCGAAGACGUCCGUAUGCGAGCAUCUGCUCUUUCGAUCUUCUCCGUCGGCCUCGAAACCAAUAUUGCGGGCAUUGGGCCUGACCUCGUGUCCAUCGCAGUGGACCUCUGCAUCAAUGUGCUGGCGCUGGAGCGGGAAAUCGAAAAAGGGAUCAUCCGGCGUGCAGCCAUCUUGGCUGUUCUGGGCUUCGUCAAGGCCCUUGAUGCUGCCAAACAAUCAGGUAGGAGGCUCGGUUUCGGAUUGACCGACCAGAGCCGGGAGGACAUUAUGAGGACUCUGAAAUACGUUGCAGUCACAGACAAUGAUGGUCUAGUUCAGCAGCACGCUCGAGAUGUGAUUGAGAGUUUGGAGAAUUGGCAACUGUCGUCCAUGGUCGCUUCGGGAUACAACACGGGAGAACCAACUGAGAACCUCAUUGAAGGGUUCAACGAAGCGCGUGCCUCGACCCUCCCCACGUCGCGAUCUUCUCGCCACACCGCGACAAUGGCUCCGGCCCGAAUCAUCGCGGACUCGGACGAUUCCGACGAUGAUUUCGAAUCACCAAACAGUCCCUCGAAACCUACUACGACUUCCGCGAUACCGAGCCAAGGCCGCUCCUCCGACCCCUUUAGUGUCGCGACCAACUCUACCGACCCCAAGUUCUUCCAGGCCAUCUACACUGAGCAGCAGCGUGCGGCAGUGGCCAGCGACACGUUGCGAAAACCAGACGAAUCUUCCUUAUCCAACGGUGCAGCGCCCAGCUCUAUACCAGCUAUGCCAGUAGCGGACAGACCGCAAUUGGAGAGGAACGACACCGGUACUUCCUCGCUCACCUCAGCCAGCGACCUCAUUGCGGGGUUGGACAGCGCCGAGGAACGGGAACCAGAGGUGGUGGACCUUACGGAAGUCACAGCGUCGCCCAAGAUGACUGUUGCUCAUGCAACUCCCGACGAUAUGUGGGAUGUUCCCAGCAGCCCCGUCGGGGACGGCCGAGCGCCUCUCGCCAGUCUCGCAAAGAGCAGAACCUCAACCAGCGGGACGAAAAGAAAGCGAGUGAACAACGUGGAGUUCACGUCUCCGGUGGCUAUCGAUAUGCCUUCGCAGGGCUCCACGCAGCCAUUUGAUACUACCCCGGCCGUCGCGAGGAUGGAGAACGGGAAGAGGGCCAGACUUAGGAACCCGGACUCGUCGUUACCGGCCGAGGAAGACGACAUUGACAUGGUGGUGGUCCCACACGCAGCCGCGGUACCGUCGUUUGGCGACCUCGUCUCUGGCCAGAAGCCUGUUUCGAUGUACAUCGAGUCUCAAACACUGAGCGCAAGCCAAAAGUUGGAAUAUGAAUACCACUCAGUUGGCCCGUCUCCGGAAGAUCCAAGACCUACACCUACGCAGCCGUUUUCGACCAUGCAAGCUGCGGCUAGGUCCAGCGGGGCCACGACUAUCGCAUACUCUACGCCGAGCCAGACGAGAGUGAUUGGCUUGCCUCCAGCGCAUGCCGAAAGCCAUGUUACACUAGACACGGUUCAAGAGCAGACUCAGCAAGGUUUCGGGGCAUCAGUCGAUCCAGAGGCAACAAUAGAGAUACAAUCAUCCCCGGAUAUUAUAUCUGCAGCAUCGGUCCGUCGGAAAAGAAGAAACGUGAGGGACGAACCGCCACAGACGACAGAGUCUCACCGGGAAGACGAAGGCUGGGAUUCCGACGACAUUGGUUUCCAUCGAGAAUCGUACAAGCCUCGUGUCAGUCGACGCAGAGGUAGUGACUCUAGCCGACAGGACGAGGCUGAGAUGCCAGGGAAGAUUGAGAUUCCCGUGGCUGAUAUGGGCCCAGCCGCGCAAUUGCCCCUCGAGGAGCCCGCUUCCCUAAAAGAGCCCGCUUCAACGAGUACGACGAAACCAAAAAAGAGAGGACGGCCGAGAAAGUCGGAUACGGCUAUAUCAGAGAGCCCAGCACCGGCCGAGACCUCGACUAUGCCACAGAUUACCGAUACAAGCGAGACCGUGAAGGAUGCUGCCGCAGGAACAGAGGCCGCAACGGCAGCCACACCGACGACCACCAAGAAGAAGCGCGGGCGGCCAAAGAAGGCAGACAACAACGCAUCAGAAAGCGUGCAGCAAGCGACUGAGAAGCCGCAUGCACCUGAAGUGGAGCAUGCGGGUGACGCCCCAUCAGGCAAGGCGGCAAAGCGCUCCAAGGGCCGCGGCGAGCACGUCGAUGCGCAGCAGCAGGAAGGUUGCACAGCAGAUGCGGGUAGCGGGCCCCGAGAACAGGGCGGCAGCGAUCGGGUGCUGCAGCCAGUGACGCCUAAUGCGGCGCUCAGCAAGUCUGGUUCCGACGGACUGGGACCGCAAAAGACCGCGGCAGCAGAGGGGAAAGGAGCGGCGACGAAAGAGACUCCUGCGCAGGCGGAUGGCGACAAGUCUGGGACGGCGGGUAAGGCAGAGGGAAAGCAGAGGUUGUCGACGCCUACGUCUUUGUCGGCGACGAAGCCCAUCUAUCGGGUGGGACUGAGCAAGAGGUCGAGGAUUGCGCCGUUGCUCAAGUCGCUCAAAAAGUGA